GAACCGCCAAGUGGAUAUGAGUAGUCUAUGAUGUGGCUUGCAGUCGUAUUACUUUAAACAAAGUUUAUAUUCUGAUAUAUGUGACGGAAACACAAGAUUAUAAGAGCGACGUACGAAGAAAAAAACUACGGCCACUGUGGCAACGACAUGUACACUGAAAUGGCAGUUACCUGCCCCCUAUAAAGGGUAGGCUUUUGCUUGUGGGUUUUUUUCCACGCUUCAGGACGAGUAGCCACAUUGUAACUGAGUUGCGUAGUUCACAGAAGCCCCAUGUUUUCGCCGAACCAAGAGGAGCACUGCGCCCCCACUAAAGAGCCAGUGAAGUAUGGAGAGCUGGUGGUUUUGGGGUACAACGGAUCCCUGCCCAACGGAGACCGGGGUCGGCGGAAAAGCCGCUUCGCCCUGUACCGGCGGGCCAAGGCCAACGGCGUCAAGCCCAGCACCGUUCACAUCCUCAACUCUCCGCAGGCCAGCAAGGCGGUGAGCUGCAGGGGGCAGCACAGCAUCUCCUACACUCUGUCCCGGAACCAGACGGUGGUGGUGGAGUACUGCCAUGACAAAGACACGGACAUGUUCCAGAUCGGGCGGUCGACGGAGAGCCCCAUCGACUUCGUGGUGACGGACACGGUGUCGGGGAGCCAGGGGGGCGAGGAGACCCCCAUCACGCAGAGCACCAUCUCGCGCUUCGCCUGCCGGGUGGUGUGCGAGCGCAGCCCGCCCUACACCGCCCGCAUCUACGCCGCCGGCUUCGACUCCUCCAAAAACAUCUUCCUGGGGGAAAAAGCGGCCAAGUGGAAGAACCCGGACGGUCACAUGGACGGGCUGACGACCAAUGGCGUGCUGGUGAUGCACCCGAGGGGCGGGUUCACGGAGGAGUCCAAGCCCGGCGUGUGGAGGGAGAUCUCGGUCUGCGGGGACGUCUACACCCUGAGGGAGACCCGGUCUGCGCAGACGCGUGGCAAGCUGGUGAGCACGGCUGCAGAGGCUGCAGGGGCCCAGGUGGACAGCGAGAGCAACGUGCUGCAGGACGGCUCGCUGGUGGACCUGUGCGGGGCCACGCUGCUGUGGCGCACGGCCGACGGGCUCUUCCACACGCCCACGCAGAAGCACCUGGAGGCGCUGCGGCAGGAGAUCAACGCGGCGCGGCCCCAGUGCCCCGUGGGCCUCAACACGCUGGCCUUCCCCAGCAUGCAGCGCAGCCGCGCCCUGGGCUCCCUGGAGGACAAGCAGCCCUGGGUCUACCUGGCCUGCGGCCACGUGCACGGCUACCACAACUGGGGCCACCGCUCGGAGCAGGAGCCCAACGCCCAGCGCGAGUGCCCCAUGUGCCGGGCGGUGGGGCCCUAUGUGCCCCUGUGGCUGGGCUGCGAGCCGGCCUUCUACGUGGACACGGGCGCGCCCACGCACGCCUUCGUGCCCUGCGGGCACGUCUGCUCGGAGAAGUCGGCCAAGUACUGGGCGGAGAUCCCGCUGCCGCACGGCACGCACGCCUUCCACGCCGCCUGCCCCUUCUGCGCCGCGCCGCUCAGCCUCACGCAGGGCUGCGCCAAGCUCAUCUUCCAGGGGCCCAUCGACUGAGGGGGG